UUAAGUAGCAACUUGCGAUGCUGAGCAGAGUUUAAACCUGUUGAUCAGUCUCAACGCUGCAGAAUUCAACACCAGCACACCCCCCACGGCUAGGCGUUCCGACAAUAACACAGAGCACGACAUACACGCAGUAGGGAGUAUGGAGGUAAAUGUGGCUCUGGUUGAGCAAACCGAAGAGGAGGACUACACAGAAUCGGAUCACACGCGACCGUCGAUGGAGGAAGAUUUCCCAAACUUCCGUAGCUUCCAAAUCGUGAAGAUGGUCAAACACUUUCGCGUCAUCACUGACGGCUCGGAUCAGCGUUUGCGGCUCGGGUUUAAGUGUAAAACAUGCGGGCAUACUUUUAACAAGACGAUGCAACUACUCGGACACAUCCGGAUGCACUUUGAGGACGAGCAUACGUGCCGCGAGUGCGGUAAAUACUUUUUCGACCCGAACAAACUGUCGACGCACAUCAAAGCCAAGCAUACCGUGAGCAUGGUAAAAUGCCAACUCGGGUGCACCAAGUUCACAACGACCACGUUUAAAUGUUUACAACUGCACUACGAGCGGUACCAUUUCGUGAAGAUACGCAUGCGAGAGAUGCGUAAGAUGGACGAAGCAAUACGCAACGGUGGAACGGUGAUGACGGAGCUGGUCAAUAGCCAGCCGAAACGCACGCGCAGUCGAAAGGGCCAGCUCAAAAUAAACGACGAAGAAUCGGAGGAAUCACUGGAAGAGGUCGCUGUCGAACAGGCAGAGCCGGAGCAGCGACCAGAGCCGCCGGAGCCAGGUGACCCAGGCAUGCCGGUGGGUAGUGAUGGCGAAAUAAUUGCGGAUGAGUACACGAUCAGCGACCAGAUGCAGUGUUGCGUUUGUGGCGCAAUAUUUGGCAACGAACAGCAGCUGGCACUGCACGAAAGCACACACACGUCACCGUUCGAGUGCAGCUUCUGCGAGACGGAGUUUCUGCAGCUGGAAGAGAUUCGCGAGCACUAUCAGAGCAAACAUCAAAUGGUGGGUAGCGCCACACAGUUCGUCAUCACGAGCACACAUCCCGGUUCUCAGCUGCAAGUUCAGCAGUCUCAGCCGCACCAAAUGCAACAGCACCAACACCACCACCACCAGCUGCAGCUUCAACACCAGCAACACCCGCAGCAGCAGGUGCACCAUAUCGCUCCGACGGCCCAGUUCAUACCGAAUCAAAACCCUGGCACAAUGACCACGAUGCUGGUAAUGCAGAACGGUAUGCUAAUCCCCGUACAGACGAUCGACAGCUCCCAGCUGGCGGCAGUUAGUUCGUUUCCGCAGACAAGCAUCACGCAAAUUGGCCAGAAUCAGAUCGCCUGGCCUAUCACGGCCACGCCGAUCACGUCAAACCAUCACCCCCAGGCACAACAGGUUUUGCCGCCGGUUCAUAAUCAGAUCGAAAUAAUUCCCCUACACGGCCCAGCUCCGGUGACACAGGCGGGAACACCAGUGAGCGCGGUUUGCAUUGCACCGCAGCAUUUACAGGCGGCCGGCGGAGGUGGAAGCUACGUUAUCAACUCGAUCGCAUCGAUCGAUCCCAGCUAUCUGAAGCAAGUCGAUGCAGUCACGGUACAGCAGCACCAACAGCACCAACAGCAGCAGCAACAACAACAGCAACAGCAGCAGCAGCAGCAGCAGCAACAACAACAGCAACAGCAGCAACAACAACAACAACAGCAAAACCACGUCGUUAAGGUAGUCGGAAGUAAUAAGAGUGCCCCCAGAAAGAUGUCGGUCGUCAUCGAGACCACUAUCGGUGAUAUCACCGUGGAUCUGUUCCUGAAGGAGCGUCCGCAAGCGUCGCUGAAUUUCCUGAAGUUGUGCAAAAUGAAGUACUACAACUACAACCUGUUCCACACGAUCCAGCCGAAUUUCAUCGCCCAAACCGGUGACCCGACCGGCAGCGGCGACGGCGGCACAUCGGUGUGGGGCUUGACCGAUGGCGCCCACAAGCGCUACUUCACCGGCGAGAACGUGCCGAAGAUCAAACAUUCCGAACCGGGGCUACUGUCGAUGGUGAGUGCCGGUGAGCAUUUGAUCGGAUCGCAAUUUUUCUUCACCCUCGGUGGCGACCUUACGUCCCUAGACGGGCAGCACAUCGUUAUCGGCGAGGUGAUGGAAGGGCACGAAGUACUGCGGAAGCUAAACGAGGCGAUUUGCGACGACCGGCAUCGGCCGUACAAGGAUGUGCGCAUAACGCAUACGGUCGUGCUGGAUGAUCCGUUCGAGGAUCCGAGUGCUUUCCGGGAACCGAGUCGUUCGCCGUCGCCUUCGGUGGAACGGUUGCGGGGCGGCCGCAUUGCGGCCGACGAAGACAUUGACGACCUGGACGGCAAAACGGAGCAAGAGAUUGCGGAGUUGAUCGCCGAUCGGGAGGCGAAGGCACGGGCAACGAUCCUGGAGAUCGUGGGCGACAUUCCGGACGCUGACAUCGCCCCUCCCGAAAAUGUGCUCUUCGUGUGCAAGCUGAACCCGGUGACGACGGACGACGAUUUGCAGAUUAUUUUCAGCCGUUUCGGAAAGAUCAUUGGAUGCGAAGUGAUUCGCGACAAGACGACGGGCGAUUCGCUGCAGUACGCGUUCAUCGAGUUCGAGGAUCAAAAGUCUUGUGAGACUGCGUACUUCAAGAUGGACAACGUGCUCAUUGACGAUCGGCGCAUACACGUGGACUUUUCGCAGUCAGUCAGCAAAAUCAAGUGGCGUGGCAAGGGCCGUGGCAUCGAGUUUUCCGAUGGAGCCGACAGACGCUCAUUUAAAGAUCACGACCGCUCCAAGCAGCCACACAGCAACAACGGUGGCAAGCGACAUGUUUCUCCGAAGCCGCAGCGAACUGAAUCUCCAAGACGUUCGCGCAAUACUCGGUCGAAAUCACAGUCCGAUUCGAGAUCACAAUCACGAUCCCGUUCACGGUCGCGUUCUCGCUCGCGGUCACGAUCCGCGAAGCGUUCUCAGCGGAAGCAGCGUAGCCGAACUCCGCUUCGCACCCGGGACCGGUCACCGGUACGCAGCCGUGACUGGGAUCGCAACCGAGAACGGAAGCGUAACGAGUCGCCCCGACGCGUUGCGUCGAACAGUCGGAUCCGGAAGGCUAAUUUGACCAACCGGAACUCUGCCUACUUGGAGCAACGGAAUGGACGGGACAUCCGCAUCAACCAGGGUAAAGUGGACUACAAGAAUCGUCCCUAUCCGAGCAGUUUCAUUCAACGCAACGCCCCGAAGGAUAAGGCGGCUGGGCGUGGUUCCAGACCGGGCGGUGGCCCUGGCGCAGGCCCUGGCGGCAAAUGGCCGGAUCCACCACCACGGCGUCGUUCACCGUCGCGAUCUCGCGAUCGGCGCACGCGGCGCUCCCGUAGCCGUUCACGCUCGCCGCACGGACGCAGAAGCUCCUCGCGCGACCGAAGACCCCGUUCGAGCUCGAGGGACAGAAAUGGCCGCAACCGUCAGCAGUCGGAUGGUGGUGGACCCAGUCCAUCGGGCUCCUCUCAGCAGCACCGGAGUAUGGUCAGGGCGAACCAGAAAGCGGAACCAGAGCCAGCACCAAAACCAUCCAGCCAGUGGGAAAAGAACUCGCGAUCGGCUGUCGCUAAGCGCCGCUCGAACAGCACCGACUCAUCGUCCUCGUCCAAGCGCAAUAAGCGGAAGAAACGAUCCGCUUCCUCGUCCUCGUCCUCGUCGUCCUCCUCGGGCAGUUCGUCCGCGUCUUCGGACCAGUCGGACGAGCGGACGGCCAAGCGGAAGAAAAAGGCAUCCAAAAAGAAGUCGAAAAGCAAGUCCCGCAAGCGCAAGGGUUCGGGUUCGUCGGACGAUGGAAAGGCACGUAAAAAGAAGUCAAAGAGUAAGAAGAAGAAAAAGAAACAUUAAACCGCCUCGCGCGACGGGGGUCACCUUUUAAAUGAAUGCUGGAAUAGAAGUCGAUGUAAUGGAAUUUACUGUAAUGUUUACGUGUGUCACU